GUUCACAUAUUCUCGGUUCAUAGACGAAUUAACAUGGAUUCUAGAGACAGUAAACCAGAUAAAAAAUUACAAGCGACACUAGGUUACAAAUUCGUGGUUAGAAAUUCUUAUUUCACCGACGUUUUUGAAAAAGGAGAGGCACGUGUUAUCUACAACUUAUUCGCACUAUUCGCCAUUUCUGCUUUUGUUAGAAAAGGUUACACCGAAUAUGUGACCGAAGGAAGGGUACGCUUUGGGUUUGAUUUUCUGACAUUCAUGUUUGUCGACUUUGACAAGACGCUUUUAGUUUGGUCAAGUUGUCUAGGGGCCUCCUGUGCGUGCUUCUUCUGUUUUAGAAUCUGGGCUUCCUUCAGGAAUUUCAACGAAAGUUUUAAAAAAUUUUGGGACUUGGGUUGGACUACGCUGCUGCUCUUUUAUUAUUUCUACAGUUUCAAACUAACUGGUGAAGCUAUCCGAUUUUACAAACUUCCCCUCGUAGCUCGCAUGUUUUGUGCGCUGGAAUCUGUACGAGUGGUGAUGAAAUCGCACUCUUUUGUGAGAAAUACGCUUCCAGGUGUAAUUCAUUCGGGCGACUGGCUACACCUUCCAAGCUUUUCCAGCUACGCACGUUUCCUCUUCUUACCCACUCUUAUUUACCACGAAAAUUACCCUCUAAGAAAAGAAAUCAACUGGAAGUUUUUCUUCAAAACUUUAGUCGAACUUGUAGUCGCACUAUUUAUAAUUAAUUUUCGUCUUGAGAAAGGAUGGAGAUUCAUACACGAAAUAGGUUUGCGGAAAUUCACAGUGACCGAAAUUGUGUAUGACGCCCUAGAAAACUCAAUCGAAGACGUCUUUUCGGUUAUAUUCGUGCACUACAUUUUGCUUCAUUGUAUUCAAAAUUUGUUUGGGGAGCUGUUACGCUUUGGAGACAGGUUGUUCUACACAAACUGGUGGGAUUUAGUUGAUUUAACAACUAGUUUAGUAAAGUGGAAUUUCCUUGUUGCGGUUUGGAUAUACUAUUAUGUUUAUGUAGACUUUAAGAACUAUGUCUGUGAUAAUGUGUUUUUAACAAGACUGGUAUCUUUUGUGCUUUCGUUUGUUGUUCAUGAGUGGUGCGCGUACCACUUGGGCAAUACCAUCUGUACAUUGGUGUUCAUAUUUUUUAUUUUUAUCGUAUUUCCUACAUUUUACUUCGAGCUACCUGACCGCAAUAUUGUCGUUAUUUUAAAUGCGUGUUUAUUUACUUUGUUUCUAAAUGUUGUCAGACUUUAUGCUGCCGAAUAUUACAUUUCAAUUAACGUACCUAUCGACAAUCGAUCACGUCUGGAGCAGAUGUUUUUGCCCAGGUUUAUAAAUUACAUAGGGUGGGAAUGAUUGGUUUUGUUUUUAU